AUGUCUGUAUGUCUACUGGAGGGGCACAGCGGUGAACAUGUCGCUAUUUUAUGUGAAGAGUACGAAAAACUGCGUCCUACUGAUGGGCGACUCAUCAAGUCGACAGAUGAAUCUGCAUGCCGGCGAAGUUCACUAUUUCCUGGGACUGGAGCUAUAGACAGGUACAACUUCAAUUUCGAGCUUAGCCGUUUGCAGUUACCCAGCGGUAAGAUGCAGCUCGUACAGUACCUACCACAAGUGUACAGUGCAACCAAUGGGGUAGGAGAAUGCUCACGUCGCCACGGAUUCGAGUUGACAUCGGCUGAGUUUAGCGAAUUUUGUGAUCGCCUGGCAGCAUUACCGGUAAUCGAACGAGGCACCUACAAGAGAAGUCGCGGUCUUGCCUUACUUGGACAGCCGUACGAUCUCGUUAAUGCGCUGCCCCAACCAGAGAACUUCGGAGACAUUCCGGGUAGCACGUUAAGCAAGAUGAUUCAAGAAUAUAGUAGAGGCAUGGAUGUCAUAAAGAAAAGGAGGAAAACGUUGUUUACUUAUAGCGAUGAACUUGUGGAUAAGAAAAAGAUUGAGUUCUACGAAUCUAUGAUUGAGAAAUUGGAUAAAUUGCUCAGUAUUUAG